CAGACGUACAUCAAAUUGCUACAAUCGCAAUUUGGAGUCUCGCACAAACAGACCAUAAUUCAAUUAUCAAACAUUUGACUCAAUAUAAUUUUGUUGGUUUUUUUAGUGUACUUUUCUUUAAAAAAAUAAAUUCAUCAAUAGAAUCAGUAUAGUGAAUGUAUUAUCGGUCCAAAUUUUGCGAUGGAAAAAAGAGACAAGUUGAAAAUAUUUUUGUUUCAAGCACUGAUGAUUGUAUUUGUGAUGCAUUCAUUGGACACUUUACAUGUUUCGCCACCGAGAAUGAUUUUGCAACCGCCCAACUACGAAAUCAUUCGUUUUAUUCAUGCAAGUUCAAAUGGAACCGAUAACAGCCUUUUGUUGGAAUGUAAAGCCGAGUCAACCAUUACAGUGACUGCGACAGAAGGAGAUGAAAUAAGUUGGAUGGUUCAUUCGACAAAUUUAACCCUCGAGUCAAUAAGACCUUCAAACAAUAUACUUGAUUUCAAAUAUAAUUGGACGAAAGAUGGAAAGCCUUUCGAUUGGACUGCAAAUAGUCGUGUGGAGCUUCGACUCGGCGAGGGAACAUUAAUCAUAAACAAUCCACACGAAGAAGAUAACGGCCAAUAUCAAUGCUUUGCACAGAAUGAUUAUGGUGUCGCCACAUCGAAUUCGGUGUUGGUGCGAAUAUUUACAUCGAAUCCACCAGAAGACGAAGAACCAAAUUUAGAAAAUGCCAUCGAAGGACGUCCAUUUAAAUUCGAUUGUCAAGCGCCCACUGAGUGGCCAAAACCAUUACUCUUUUGGAUUAAAUUAAGUAAAAUCGAGAAGAAUAUUACGGUGUUUGAGCAGAUUGAUGACGUUGAACGAUUGGGCACCGACCAUUCAAGCGAUCAUAUGAUCUUAGAUCAAAACGGAACUUUAUACUUUUCUCAAGUUUCACGUAGCGAUGCAUCGGAUGGUUUUCAUUAUGCGUGUGUUGUCACAACAAAGUCGACGGAUGCAUUUCAAAUUUUGAAACGAAUUGAUUUAAACGUAACAAGUGAGCCAAUAGCUGAAAACACGUCUCUGCCUAAAUUGUUGUUUAAAAGCAAUGAAUUCGAAGAAGUAAUGUGGGGCGAAGAUAUUACGUUGAUUUGUAUUUUUGAUGUGCGUCAAAAUGUGACAUGGAAAAAAGACGGAAAGUCCGAGAUUGACACAUAUGGAGUUUAUAUUAAUGAUCGAUUGCCCGAUAAGCAAAUGUCAUUUACCAUAAAAAAUGCGAAACAAUUCCAUUCGGGAGCAUACACAUGUGCAGACGAGUCUUCAAAUCAAACGCAUACGAUGAGGUUGACGGUGAAUGUCCCGCCGUUUUUCAUUAACCAGCCAACCGUGCAAAACUUAAGAGUAAACGAUACAGCGAUAAUUAAGUGUUUGGGAGGUGGAAUACCAAAAGUUAUAAAGAAAUGGACUCACAAUGGAAAACUAAUCGAAGAAUCAUCUCGAGUAAUCUUCAAACAAAAUGCGUUAGUGAUAAAGAAUGUCACUGAAAGUGAUAUCGGCAAUUACGGUUGCAAUGUUUCCAAUUCCGUUGGAUAUGCUUACAAAGAUGUUUAUUUGAAUGUUCUUGAGCCAUUCCCACCGGUAUUCAUUGAAACACCCGAUCAUUUAACGUCACCUAUGGUUGGUGAAUCAAUAAUUUUACCUUGUCGUGCAUUCGGUGUGCCAACACCUCAAAUAAGAUGGACCCGAAACGGUCAACCAUUGCCAGCCAAUUUAUACACAACAUUUCAAAAUGGUGAUUUAAAUGUUCGUUACGUGGAAAAAGCACUUGAAGGUAAAUACACUUGCUAUGCAUCCAACAAUGUGGGUCAUGUAAAUGAAACGUCAUACUUGUACGUUAGAAACCGAAGACAGGUAAUCAUCGAAAGUGAUCGUGGUAGAAUUGUGUUUGGCGGUUCGGUGAAAUUAAGUUGUGCUGUGCCCGAUGAAUUUGAAGAAUAUACCAUCAAGUGGUUUUUUAAAAUGCUUCCAAUAAAUGUCGAUGAUAAUUCAAAAUUCACUAUAAGUGAUAAUACAUCUCUGAUCAUUUCAAACGUCACCUCGAAUGAUACGGGCCCCUACAAAUGCGAAGCCAUGUUUGAUAAUCAAAAAGAGGAAAAUUCUAUCUAUAUACUUGCUGGAUAUGAUCAUGAAAUUUUCGAUAAGAUGUGUAACUGUGGAAUAAUGCGUCGGGAUCACCCUUUUUUGGAUUCAGAGUAUGCAAUUAACUAUAAAACCCAAAGCAAUCAGGAUCAAUGGAAAACCUAUAAUUCAUCCUUUAUACCAAUUUCAUGGGAAAAUUACACAUUCAACAUCAGUGGGGUGCACGAUAAAAAUGGUUCAAUCAUAACCAAAACUGGUCACUGUGUAAACCGUCCAAGUAUAGGUCAUAGUAAGCUUGUGUGUGAACAUACAACAUCAUCAAAUUUGGAUAUCUCAUGGGAUUUACUAGAAUCGAAUUCAUAUAUUGAUUAUGAUACCAUUCGAAUGUAUUAUACACGUAGUGACACAAAUGAAACACACCCAAUAGACAUCACUGACCUGCGUAAUGGAAAAUUUUUCAUUUAUGUUGACCCAAGUUACUCAUAUACCGUUUAUGCUGGAGUUAGCACGUCACAAAUUUCAGAAAAAACUUUUGCUGAUUGUAGUCCGCCACGCUUAAUGGACAGAAUCAAGGAAAUGUCGGUGUUUGUUGCCAUUAUAGGAUUUAUAAUGUCAGUGGCUUGUGUUAAACAUUUGAUCGAUGAAAAUCGACGCUGGAAAAAAUAUUAUGAUUUCAUAACAUAUUUUAAUGUUGGAUGCCCCGAAAAAUAUGAUGAAAGUGAUCCACUGUAUAAAAAAGCACAACAUCUUCCCUACGACCUAGAAUACGAGGUCAGUAAAGGAAGAAUUCACAGAGAAAUCAUCCUUGGCAGGGGUCAAUUUGGAAUUGUGCAUUAUGGAAAGGUAGAUAAAAUCAUGGAUCAUGAAGAAAAAACGGAGGUUGCCAUAAAAACGGUUAAAGACAAUUCAGACACAGAGAGCUUGCGUGCACUAGUGAUAGAACUAAAAAUUCUAAUUCAUUUGGGUCAUCAUUUGAAUGUGGUUCGACUACUUGGGGCAAAUACUAUUAAUAUCAAGAAACGUGAACUGUUUGUUAUUCUCGAAUAUUGUCCAUAUGGCAAUCUUCAAAAAUUCAUAAGGGAUCAUCGUCAGUAUUUUGUUGAUCAAAUCCUUUAUGAUGACGAUAAUAUAUGGAUUGAUCAGGAAAUAACAACACGAUAUCCAGAACAAUCUGCUGAUGACAAUGACUCAGGCAUCAAUAGCGAACAAUAUCAACCACGAAAGAAAUAUAUCAUUACCAGCAUACCAGAUAACUCUGGAGAUGAGAGUUCAAAUGAACCGCAAUCCAAUUUAGUAAAAAGAGUGGCUCCAUUGCGUUCAUUAUCAACCACCGAUUUAUUGCAUUGGUCGUAUCAAAUUGCACGCGGCAUGGAGUAUUUGGCAUCACGAAAAAUGGUACACGGUGACUUGGCAGCACGAAACGUUUUACUUUGCGAGGGGAAUGUGGUGAAAAUUUGCGAUUUUGGCUUGACACGUACAAUUGACAAAGACUAUAUAUACGUUGGACGUCAAGAAUCUCCGUUGCCAAUCAAAUGGCUUGCACCCGAAACGUACAAAAACCUUCAAUUUUGGACGCCUUCGGAUGUGUGGUCUUUCGGGAUCUUGAUGUGGGAAUUGUUUUCUCUUGGAAAAACUCCAUAUCAGGAUAUAGAUCAUAGCAACCACAAAAAUCUUUUCGAGCGCAUAAAUGACAACUAUCGAAUGAAGAAACCAGAUUAUGCAACACAGGAAAUAUAUGAAAUUAUGUUAAACUGCUGGCAGAUUGUUCCUGAAUAUCGUCCACCAUUCAAUCAACUGGCGAGACGAAUCACAAGAAUGAUUGGAAAAGAUGUGGCCAAGCACUAUGAUGAUUUGAAUGCACCAAAUAUCCAAGCGAAUAGGGAACGUUUUAACUCUACUAAAAACAAAACAAAUCAUAUUUCACUGGAUGUUGAAGAAGAACCAACUCCAUCAAUAUCUUCACAAUCAACCGAUAAAAAUCUACCUGAAUACAUUCCAAUGACUCCAUUAGCAAUGAAAUAACUAUUCACAUAUGUGCGUAUUUAUAAUGCAUUUGCUGUGUCAUUGCUAUUUAUGGAACAUUGGCACAGAUAAUUCUACAUUCCAUAUUAGAACACAAAAUAUUGAUUGAAAGAAAUAUUUUUUGAAUAAAUAAACAACACGAUUCAUUUUAACGCAA